AUGUCUGACAUCGACGACGAGCUGCUGGCCCUCGCCGGUGGUGAUGUGUCUUCGGACGAGGAAGAGGAGCAAAUCGAUCGCAGCAGGGACGAGUCGCGGUCGCCCUCGCCGCCCUCCCAACCCACCGGGAGAGCAGACACGCCAGCUAGAGGCUCUGCUAUUGUAAAGACGCCUGCCAAACAGGCAAAGAAGCGUACGAGGAGCGAUGACGAAUCAGACGAGGAGGGAGAGGCAUCUUCGGCGCCCGCCUCACCCAGCUCCCAGCAGUCGGCACCAAUGGAUGAAUCCGACUCCGAGUCGGAUGCCCCGCAGGCCAAGGGUCGUGGUGGUGAUGACGAAACAAUCCAGUACCCAGUCGAGGGCAUGUUUAAGAACCUCGAUGAGAAGGAGCACAUCAUGGGCAUGCGCGAAAUUGAGCGAGAGCAGAUUCUCGCAGAGCGCAGAGAAGAGAACGAACGGAUCCGCCAAAACCGCAUGCUUCGCCAGCUCAAGGUCAACCAGGACAAUGAUAGCAAGAAGCGCAAAGCGAGCGCCGCCGAGCUCGAGGAUUCGCAGCGCAAAACCGCUCGGGUCCGAACCAAGGUCGGAGAGACGAGCGAGAAGAUGGACACACUCCGCCGUGCGAGAGAAGAACGGAGCAGUCGCAAAGAGCAAAGAGAGCGCGAUAUCGACCGCCGCAAGCAGCGCUCCCCGUCAUACCGACGCAGUGCUGGUCUCGACGACCGGGAUAGCGAUGUAGAGUGGGCUGGCCCGGCUAGAUCUAAACCGAAAUCUCGUACACCCGAACACAGGGAGGCGGCCCCAGCAGAACUGAGAGAUGUUGAACGCCUUCGGGUUGGCCGGAGCCGGUUUGCCGAGGUCUGCUUUUACCCAGGCCUCGAGGAGACUCUCGCGGGCUGCUUUGUCCGCAUCAAUAUUGGGCCCGAUCCUUCUACGCGCCACGAUGUCUACCGCAUGGCCGUCAUUAAGGGAUUUAAUCGGAGUCGUCCGUUUGCGCUGAUGGACCAGUCGGGUCACCAGAUGGUGGCCGAUCUGUACGUCUUGGCGGCUCACGGCAAGGCGCAGCGGGAGUGGCCGGCUAUCGCCUGCUCGGAUUCGAAAUUCACAGAGGCUGAAUGGAACCGAUACAAGCAGGUUUGCAUUUCUGAGGGUCUGCCUAUCCCCACUCAGCCUGCCCUGUCCAGCAAGAUUGGUGAUAUCAACAAGCUCGUCCAACGCACUUGGACUGAGAAAGAGCUGUCUGAGAAGCUCCGGCGCCAGAAUACCCUCCAAGCAAAGUUCAGCGGCGCCGAACGCGACAGGCUUACCAAGCAGCUCGAUCUUGCUUACGCACGAGGCGACGAGAAAGGCGCCAAUAAGAUUCAGGAAAAGCUUGACAGUCUGGAGGUCCCACGACUGGCCUUCAAGACGUCACUCACUCCACAGAAAAAGAAGGCCGAGAAUGCAGGCCCAAACCAGCAAGAGAGGCUCGCAAUGCUCAAUGCUGAGAAUCGCCGCCGCAAUGCCGAAAGUGUGCGGAAAGCCCAGCUGAAGGAGCGGGCCCGCGCCCGUGAGUUAGAGAGAGAAGAAGUUGCUGAGGAAGCCCGUGCCAAUGGUAAGAAGAAUGGGAGCAGCCCAGCAACGCCAGCAGGGGCAAAAACCACAUCUGGUGGCAGUGGAGCAACCACCCCAGCGAACGGACAGGGCACUCCGAGUCUUGGUGCGCAGAAAUCUGGCCUACCACCGCAUAUGGCCAAGCUCCAGGAGCUACAGCGUAACCAAACUAAAACCGGUAUCCCCACGAUCCACAAGCCUUUGAUGGACGACGACAUUAUUGGUGCUCUGGAUCUGGAUAUCGAUAUCGAAAUUGACUAG